UUCCCUGUACAGGCGGUGUAAUCGUGGCUCGCUGCCACUUUAACCCGGUACACCAAAAGAGGUUUCUAAGAUGGCGAAGAAAACGUUGGUGGAUAAAACGCCUCAAAAUGAAGAUGCUGUCAAAAAUAACGAUGAUAUUUUGAAUGACGAUGAAGAACCAAACUUCAGUGAUCCAGAAGGUUUUGUUGAUGAUAUUACCGACGAAGAAUUACUUGGUGACAUUUUAAAACAAAAACCUUCGGAGACGGAUGGUGUUGAAUCUGUAGUCGUAAUUGACGGCGUACCUCAAGUGGAACCAGAAAGAUUAGAAAAAUUGCAAUCAUUCAUCAGUAAGGUCCUUGGGAAGUUUGGCACAAUAGUUAAUCAAUACUAUCCCAAAAAUGAAAAUGGAUAUACCAAAGGGUAUAUCUUUUUGGAAUACAGUAGUCCAAUGAAUGCGUUAGCAGCAGCAAAGUCUGCAAAUAAUCAUAAAAUUGAUAAGCAGCAUACUUUAAAAGUAAAUCUAUUUACUGACUUCAAAAAGUAUGAAGAGAUUCCUACUGAUUGGGAACCACCGAAACCUCAACCAUUCAAAGCAGCUAGCGAUUUGCAUUAUUAUUUAUUAGAACCAGAUGCUUAUGAUCAGUUUUGUGUAUUAUAUGGAAAUGGUCCUGCUGUAUCUGUACAAAUUUGGCAAAACUCUGCUCCUGAACCUACAUUGUUAGAAGAUCGACCUCGUUGGACAGAGACAUAUGUCAAAUGGUCACCUUUAGGUACAUACUUGGCAACCUUUCAUAAAUUAGGUGUUGCAUUGUGGGGUGGUCCUCAAUUUGUCCAACAAGUGAAGUUCAGUCAAAGAGGCGUUGAAUGUAUUGAUUUCUCACCUUGUGAACGUUAUCUUGUAACAUAUACACCACGAACUGAUCUAGGUUCAGAUCAAAAACGCUUGGCUGUAUGGGAUAUUCUAUCUGGUCAAGAGAAACGUUCUUUCUAUCCAGAAGGAUCUUCAGUAUGGCCUAUAUUCCGUUGGUCCCAUGAUGACCAGUAUUUAGCUUGGAUGGGUAUAGAUGUUUUAAGUGUUUAUGAAACACCAUCAUUCAGACUACUGGAUAAGAAAAGUAUUAAAAUCCCUGGUAUUCGAGACUUCAGUUGGUCUCCUACAGAUAAUGUUCUUGCUUACUGGGUGCCAGAAGAUAAAGAUGUUCCUGCAAGAGUCACCCUGCUGGAGAUUCCAAAUCGCAACGAGAUACGAAACAAGAAUUUGUUCAAUGUUGCCGAUUGUAAGAUAUAUUGGCAGAAAUCUGGAGAUUACUUAUGUGUAAAAGUAGAUCGUUUCGCUAAACGUAAAGAAAAAACAGAACAAAAAUAUACAGGAAUGUCAUAUAACUUUGAAAUAUUUCAUAUGAGAGAGAAACAGAUCCCUGUUGACAGUGUAGAAAUAAAAGAACCAAUCCAUGCUUUUGCAUGGGAACCAAUUGGCAACAAAUUUGCUAUAAUUCAUGGAGAAAUUCCAAGUGUAAACGUAAGCUUCUAUGAAGUUAGAUGUGGUCAUCAACCUGCUCUUCUCAAGAAAUUGGAAAAGAAGGCAUGUAAUCAUUUAUUCUGGUCACCAUCUGGUCAAUUUGUUGUAUUGGCUGGUCUAACAACAAUGGCUGGUGCUCUUGAAUUUAUUGAUACUAAUGAUUUUACCAUUAUGAACUCAACUGAUCAUUAUCAAACUUCAGACGUCGAAUGGGAUCCAACUGGAAGAUAUGUUGUAACAGCUGUUUCUAGCUGGAAAACUACUGUCGAUAAUGGUUAUUGGAUAUGGACAUUCCAAGGUCGUAUUUUGAAAAGAGUUAACUUAAAUGCAUUCAAUCAGUUAUUGUGGCGUCCUAGACCACCGACUCUCCUGACCGCUGAACAAAUUAAAGAAAUUAAAAAGAAUUUGAAGAAGUAUUCGGCUCAAUUUGAAAGCAAAGAUCGUAUGAGAUUAACACGUGCUUCCAAAGAACUUAUUGAGAAACGCUGUGCAGCAAUGAAAGCCUUUGAAGAAUAUCGCACCAAGAGAAUAGAAGAGUAUAAUAAUCAAAAGAAACGUCGCCUUGAAUUACGUAACAAUAUCGAUACAGAUGAAUUAGAUUCUGAUUCUAAGAACGUAGAAGAAGAAGUUGUAGAAUUUUUCGUAAAGGAAGAAACGUUUGUUAUUGAUGAUAAAUAAAUAAUAAAAGCAUCAAAUUUUUCUUCUGCUUGCUGGUCUUGGAAAUCUCUGAAGCAAAGUCAGUUGAAUCAACUAAUUGUGCAAAGUGUCACCGUGGUUACUAUAAUAGAGUCAUAUUGAUUGUGACUCUAUAAAUAGUUAAAAAUGACUGUCCUAUACGGUUAUGGACAAUUCCUAUCAUAUUCUUUCUGUAUUGUAAUUGGAAUGAAUUCUGUAAUUUCAAUAAUCCGCAUAAAACGUCGGAACCAUAGUAACAUAAAAUAUUACCACAUCCCAUACAGAAUAGCAUGUAGACAAGGAAAUAAUUAUUCUACCAAUUUGUAUA